AUGUUUGAAACAUAUCAUGGAAUUCUAUCCAAUGACAAUUCCCAAUUCCAAAGGGAAAGAGAAAAAUGGGCUUAUUAUGAGAUCGACACAAGAUAAUUCUCAAUAUAGGAUAAUGAAGUAUACUGCCAAACCUAUUGCUAAUUCUAGAUUCAAGCUGAACUUAGCGUUGAAAAAUACUUAUAAGCUGGCUAGACAAACAAAUUUAGCAUUAAAGAAAAUUAAGAAUUGAUUUUAAAGGUAUAUAUUCCCGAGGAUAACGAGACUCAUACUAUUGAAUUCAUUGGAGCUAGUUCAAUAGAUAGGACUAAGCUGACGAUGAUACUUACUCCUGGUAAUAAAGUACCAAAUUCAUAGAACGGAAUAUUUUUUGAGUCAGGCUGGGAAGACAAAAUGGUAUUAAAAAUAACAUAUUCUGAUUAAAAUUCAGUUAUUAUGUUUUCAUCAAAACUUAUGGGAUCAGUUGUUGAUCUAAAUAAAUAAGGAGGAAUGAGUUUAGACUACAUAGAGCAAGGAAUGACUUAGGUUUACAGUUAUAAUAUAAUAAAUAAUUAAAAAGAUCUUAGACUGAAGCUAGAGGUAUUUUCAGGCAAUCCAAAUAUGUACAUCUCUCCAAAGUAGCUUCCUGAAAAUAUAUUUUAGUCAAUAUAUAAUUCGAAAGAUCAUUUCUUUGACGAGGAAUUAAGAUUGACUCCUUAAAAAAGAGCAGAAAAUAAUGCUUAAUCUGGAAUCUUUAUGAUAGCUGUUUACGGGUUUACUAGAGCAACAUACAAAAUAACAAUAGUUAAUGAAGAUGGAGAUAAUUACCUAAAGAAUGGAUUAUCUUAGAAAUUCAAUGACACAAAGGAGAUCAUUGAACAGAAAUGCAAUUUUAAAACAUAAGAAUUAGCUGAUGCCCCUGAAUUAAGAAGAAAUGCUCAUCACAUAAGAGUCUAUGGUGUUUCUUAAAAUCCUGCACAUUAUUCAGUUGUAGUUAAACUGCAUGAUAGAAUUUAUUACUAAUAAAUUAAGGAGGGGAAGCCCUACAUUGGAGAAAAGAGUUCAGAGAAAGAUUAAUUACCAAUUAAACUAUACAGUGGCUAAAAGUAACAAGCAGUGAUAGAUAAGCAAAGUGAGUCACUUUUAUUCUACUUUGAAUUUAGUGAAUAAUUUGAAGAUAUUAUGGAAAUAAUUUUGAACUCUGAAUUUGGGCAUUUAUAGAUGCUUCUGGGAUUAGAUUAUAUACCAAGUAGUAUAACUUAUUCAGAAAAGGGAGAUAAUAUGAAUCCUAUAAAAAUAAAAGUUAACUAAACUUAGAUGAGGAAAACCUAGAUUCUCUAUAUACUUAGAGGAUAUCUCAAAGAAAAUCAGAUUAAUCAUUACCAGAUACAAUUAGAUUACCCAAACAAUGGCUAUAUAAUAUAAUGUGUUUCUCUUUCUGGCAACCCUAAUAUAGUUGCUACUCUUAACAACAGCAUAUUGUUUCCAACAAUAGAUCAAUUUGAUUUAAAAUCAGAUGCUAACACUCCAUUUGACACGAUAAUAAUCCCUCCUAUUAUGAUUGACUAAUUUGAGCAAAGAUAAAACUCUAUUUUAAAAUACAUUGUAGUAGGAGUGUAUAGUGAUGAAAAAAAUUCUGCUUUGUAUGAUAUUAUGGCUAUCAAAAAUAAUGCGUCAGACAUAAUAAAUAUUCUACUCGGUAAGAGCUACUCCUUUAGAUAAGAAAUGGGUUAAGAUUAGUUUUUCAAAUUGUAAAUGAAAAAGAUUGAUAGCUUUCUUAUUAAUGUUGAAAUGCCAUAUGGAUAAUUAUAUCUAGAUAUAAUAAUAAAAAAUAAAGAAGAAAAGCCUGAAAUAGAUUAAUAUGAAUAUCCAGAUCUCUAGGCACAUUUCACAGACCAUCGUAAUUUUAAAUGGAUAGGAGCAGUAGAUCCAAUCCUAAAUUAUUCAUGUGACUAAGGUUGCUAUAUCUUUAUUAGGGCUAGAGGUGUAAAUACUAUUGUUGAUAACAAUUAAUAAAAUCUAUCCAUCAGCUACAUCAUUUUUAUAACCAAAGACAAAUAAGAAUUAAGAGAUGACAAAGAAAUUAGGGAUGCUUUCCUAAUAAAUAAUGCAGUUAUUGCAAAGUAAUAUACAUUCCAGAAAAUUUAAGAUGAUUCAGACUUAGAAAUUGAAUUUAAGUGUGAUAUAGCAUAUCUUUAAACAAAUCUGCAGAUUUAGUUCAAAAAUAUGUUAGAGCUUGAUUAUACAUCAUGGAAUUUUUCAACUAAAGAUUAGGAUACUAAGAUAUUGAUCCCGAAUCCAAACGAGAACCAAUUGCUUCAGUUUACAAAUUUUCAGAAUUCUAGUCUGAGUAUUAGAUAUGAUGUACUUGAAAAUAAUCCAACAAAUUUUGCCUACAACUAUAUCGAAGUAAAUUUGACUAAACUAGCUAGGGACAAGAAAGAGCAUUCUAAAUUAAUAGAAUCAAAUAGAUUAAAAUCUAACUAUAUUUAUAUCCCUACUAAUGACUCUGAUUUCUGUAUGUACUGCUAGUAUUUGAUAAGCAUUAAAAAUCUUAGAAAAGAUAUACAAUAGAAAAUUUAGUUUGUUGCUUCUUAGGAUUCAGAUUCAUAUAUGGGAUAUAUUUAGAACAUUGUAGUAGGCAGGCCAAAUUAGAUCAGAAUGAAAUAAAAUGAAAAGACUACUCUUUAGAUUUUAAAUGCCAAAUAAAAUGCAGAAUAUCAAAUAUUAGUUUAGUACUUCUAUGGACAAGGAAAUCUUAAGGUUCUACACAGAGAUUAGAUUUUGAUUUAGCAUCCAAAUAACCUUGUAAAUAUAAAAGAAAAUAAUAGAAUACCAUUUUAAAAAUUUGAAUCGAUUAAUUCUGUAGAGAUUAAAUUCAACCUGGAUUAAAUUGAUUCAUAUUAAGUCUUGAUAGAAAGCAUUGAAGAAUUAUAUUGUUAUGUCUUGGUAACAACUGAGUAUCACAAAAUAAAGCCUAUAAUUGAUGGUACUAAUCAAAUGAUAAAUCUUUAGCCUAAUAGCUCUCAAUAUUUUUUCUAUGUGCCAUCUUCAAGCAAAUUCUAACUCUCAAUAAAUGGGAAAAUAACUAAGAAAAAUUCCUAUAUGAUAUUUAUUGGGUAGGCUAGUGAUGAUUUGAUAAAUGAUUAGAGAAAACUUAAAUAGUUUGAUUUAAAAGGAAAUUUUGAUUAUGUUAUUAGAAACUCAAGAUAUAGAGAUAUUUAUAAUGUAUAUACAGCUAUUCAAACUGAAAUGAAAGAAAAUAACUAAGUAAUUGUUAUAAAAGUAAUAUCAUCUGAAUAAAAUUUAAAUGAUUUAGACUUGAAACUUACUCUAAGUGGCAGUGAAGUUUAAUAUCUCUUCAUUGGCUAGACAACGAGAGGCCAUGUAUCUAAUUUUGAAAGGACAUUUAUGAUCUAUGAAGUUUUUAUUAAUUAAAAUAUCAACAAGGAUCAAGACUAAGAUCUCUAUAUUCAGGUAACACCUUGUAAUGGCAUGAUUGAUCUAUUUGUUUCUGAAAGCUAUCUUUUACUCUUUGAUCCUGAAUUUGGUGUUGAAAAUAAAAUGAAAAUCAACUCUACGAUUAAUGAUUAAGAUAAUAACAAAUUUGGGUUAAUCACUAAAACAAUAAAAAAUGUAAACUUGCUCAAUUCUGACUAUAUCUAUAUGGGCAUUUAGUCAUCUAAUGAAUUCUAUAGCGAAUAUCAAAACUUGUCUGAAUCAUAUUUCGAAAUCAAAGUCAGCUUGAUUCCUUCAAGUCAGUAAACUUUAGUGGAAAAAUAUUAAUUUGAGAAGGAUUAAAAAGAAAUAGAGAUUUCUACAAUUCCUAAUGAUUAAGACCAUUUAUUUAUUAAGUGGGUAAAUAUCUAUGAGAACAAAGGAGAUUACGUUGAUAAGCCAAUGUCAAAAGUUUAAAAUGUUUAGUUUAAACUCUACGGAUCUAGGAAUAAAAAGUUGUUUAAUACUUUUCAGUCAAUGUGCUCUAUUCAACAUUCGAAAGAGCAGUCAAUUAUCUUGAUGAAAUAUGAUGCCUCUGAUAAGGAAAAGUAAGGAAUGAAAAUAAAGAAGUCAGACAUUCAAUACAUCAAACUCGUAGGCUUAGUGGCUUAAUUCAAGGAUGAACAGACUGGAGAAAUGGUUUCAUUAGCAUAUGAUCCUUAUAUAGUUGAAGAAGUUUAGUAUGGGGUACAGAUAAAUCCAAAACAUUUAAUUAUUAUGAUUGUGGGUGGAAUUUUGAUUUUGAUAUUCUUAGUAUUCAUCUCCUGCAUGCUCAGGGUAAGAUCUAAAAGGCUUUUGGAAAAACUAGAAAAUCAAAGAACUUAUAAUGAAUCAAGUUUUGAUCAAACUGAAGCUGAUUCACAAUAAACUAAUUGA